AUGGACACAGCUGCAGUGGUGACUCUCCUGGCUCUGGUUGUGGCGAUGGCUGGCGUCAGUCAGGCUCUUCACGUCCAAGGCAGCCUGGACAGAAAUGACAUCCUGCCAGACUCAGAGGACAACAUGGCCGACCACCUGCUGGGGCUGGAGAGUGAAAACACAGAUAACAGCGUUGAUGAUCGUCUGCUGACCGCGCUGCUGAGAGCUCUGCUGCUGGGAUCUCAGAGAGAAACCAGGAACUCUGUCCUCCAUCAGCCACAGAGGUUUGGGCGCGGCUCCAGAGGGCAGGUCAUGACGGAGGAUCAGAUGCAUUCCCGUGAUUGGGAGGCUGUCCCCGGUCAGAUCUGGAGUAUGGCGGUUCCCCAGAGGUUUGGAAAGAAAUGA